UAUUGCUGUAACUUGUUCUUUGAAAUUUAGGUGGAGUUUUCUUCUUCAGUGCCUAUUUGGACCACAGAGCUGCUCUCUACUUUACCUUCUCUUUUCUACUUCUCCCUUUCACAUGCUCUCAAUACGCUUGUAUUAAACUUCAGUUUUCCGCAAACUCCCGAAGCUAUAGUGGGAAGACUUUUUGGCUUACCAGUCAACAAAGUGAAGCAGACUUAAACAAGAUGGUGAGGCAAGGGCUGGACUAUACCCGCUGCAGAUGGAUUUUGCCUCUUCUUGCGGGCUUAGCCAUGCUGUUUGGCAUCAUAGCACUGGCUGGUUGGGACUGGAUUAGCUCGCAAACCCUGCCAUUUUCACAACAUGCCUCCUUAUGGAGAAUAUGCUCCUUACAAAACGGAUGGCAAUGCAGGUCGCUCUUGGAUUAUGCCUGGGGUCAAGGUGCAGCAGGCACUUUCAUGGUUGGAUUUGUCCUUGUGGUUAUCUGUUUUGCCUUGUCUAUCAUCGCAUUUGCCAUCAACACACUUCGCUUCAACUUUGUGAGAGGAAUAGGAGGCAUCUUUUUCGUUGCUGCUGUGUUCUCACUAAUGGCCCUCGUCAUCUACCCUGUGAUGAUCUCCAAAUAUAUCAUCUUCCCAGUCGGUACUGUGAAUCAGUUUGGCUGGGCCUAUGGCUUUGGGUGGACCAUGUGCCUAAUGUCAAUAGGCCUUGGGUUCUUCUUUUGCUGCCUCCCCCUCUAUGAAGAUCAAAUUUUGGGAAAUGUCAAACCUUAUUACUAUCCAGAUAUUUAAAAUAACUGUUGGGAAUAUCAGCAAAGAAAUUAUAAUUUCCAUAAAUGGUUGGGCUCCAAAGAACCCAGAAAAGAAAAAAAACCUGCCAACCCAUUUCCAUGCCCCCAGCUGUAGAUUUUUAUAAUUAGGAAGCAGUAGAAAGCAGCUUUAAAACGUAUGCAUACACAAUUAGUUUGGUUUUAGUAUUUUUCUGGAUCCCUUGUGAAAGCUUUACCUUUAUUUUUAAUAAACAAGUCAUAGUAUAAUUUGCCUUUUUGAGACAUAACAGAAAAAUAAAACCUUAUUGAUUUAUUUGUACAACUGAUAGAUUACCAAUUAAAAGGUAUGUCUUACUAAGAGCUUGCAAAGUUCAUUUUUAAAAAUAAUUUGUUCUUAUUACUCAUUAUAGUGGUUGAAAAGUAACAGUUUUUGUUGCUUGAUACAGUGUUGAAAAGUGUAACUCGUUGCAUGUCUUUUUUUGGUACUGCUGCUAACUUUCUUAUUACAUUCCAUUAUUUUUUUCGGUCUCGUCACACGGCUGCCGAAAAAGGCUCACCUUGCUUUGUCGCAAGGCGUGGCAAAGCUGCCACCCCUCACCCCAUAUCACCCGGCUUCUGCAGCUGUUGAUCCCAUGGGGGGAAGCGUGGUGCACGCGUGGAGUGUGCGGCUUCCUGCCAUUAAAGUAAAUGGCAUAUGGAAAGCUUCCUGUGUUGCCGUGGCAGCAGUACACCAGUUCCAGCCUCUUUCACCCAUGGAGCCGGCACAAUGUCAUCUGAUGGGAGCAGGCUCGUGGUUGACCAGAGUUAGAUCGGCACAUGCCACCAAUUUUAACCCUGUGUGACGAGGUCAUAGAAUAAACAUGUAGGAUCUAUCACAGAAUUGUACAGAAUUUUUUAAAAAUCUGUCAUAAUACUGUUCAUAUAACUUUAAAAGUAAAAAAUAGUUUUUCACAACACCAGUACACCAAGUUCACUCUUUGUUAUUAUCUUAUUUCUGAAAUGUAAUGUCAUUAGACCCUUGCUACCUAGAAAAAAUUAAUAAGAUACAAGCCAUGAUGUUACUCAUCAAAUGAUGACAUCAAAGUUGUGAUUUUAUAAAUGAGUCUGAUCUUGCUGAUUUGGUUAAAGAAGAAAUUGUUGAAUAAGAAAAUGCAUUUUUUCCAGAAAUGACUUUUUCAGAGAGGCUACUAAUAUAACCAUGUGUAUAAGUGCCUUUCUCUUAAUAACAAUAAUGAUUGAGAAGCAGCAGCAUCCUUCUUCAUCAAAUAACUGGAAGCAUAGAGGGGUGCACACAAUGGCAUUCUAUAUGUAUUGAGCAGGGCCAGCCCUAUUACCAGACUCAGUGAGAUAUCUAACACAGGUAGUGCUUUUGGGAGAAUGGCAUCCCCAAGAUAGGCUCCUCAAGGCCCUUAAGCUAAUAUACUUUAUUUAGUUAUGAUGAAGAGAUAUUAUCUUAUUAACAGCAAAUUUCAACCACCAGUUGGAUUUUUGACAGGAGAAUGUGGAUGCCAUCUUGCCAUUUGACAGCAGAAUGUCUUUGCUAAACCCUAGUGUCUUGAGAAUUAGGAAAGCAGGCUAUGAACUAAGGCAAGCCAUUCCACUGGACCAAUGCAGUAUGACCCUCAUAUGCACAAGGGAACUGUUCGUGGACUUGCUAUGUAAACAUGACAUUGUAAAUAAUAGAGAAAACUGUUGAAAUGAACAAUAUCUGACAUGUACAUAUUAUAGAAUUACACCAAAGUACAUAGAAAAGGCCUAGAGAGAACACCCCUCUGAUAUUUUUAGGUCGUCCAAUGCAGUUCGGUGGUCACCUUUAGGUAGAAGCAUACCGUAGAAUUGUGCUGGGUGACCUGGAAAAUGCCUAGAGAUAACAUAGUUUUCUAGACAUGGGUAAGUGAAGUUGUGGGUACUGCAAAUACAAGGCUUUUACUGUAUUGCCUUUUCCCCUCCUUUAGGCUUUCUUCUGACCAUCUUACCAAAUAAUUUUAUGUGUCCUUGCAAGUAAAAAUCUGUGGCCUUAAAUUGUAAGCCCUCUGGCAGGAAAUGCAUGAUUAUUGUGUUAUGUAAAUGGUGUUAAUUACUGGUAGCUGUGGCAAAAGGUUCUCCUCCAGACUAACUACAUUGUUCUGAAAGUUUCUUCACCGCAUAUUAAAGAAGACAUUUUUUUCAUUAAAACCAGUUAAUAAAA